UGCCUAAGCCCCGGCUAACGAUGAGUGAGCGAGAUGCUAUUACUGCUGUUUCCUGUCUAGAUUUUAGUGAAUUCAAGGACGCUCUUCAAGCGCUAAGAGCUGUAGACGACAAAAUCAUUUAUGAACUGAACACUAGUGUGCCAACAACGUCGUUUUCAGCGGAAGUCAGUGCUGCAGAGCGUUGUAGGAACUUGUAUGAGCGCUUAACUGCGUCAUAUGCGAGAAGGGAAGAUGUUAUUAAACGUUGUAUAUCAGAGACUUCAGAAAAAAUAGUUGAUGUGAAAAAAGAGAUUGGUGAGAGUCCGAACAACUCGACCUUACAUAAAGAUCUCCGACAGUAUCAAACAAAUUUGCGUUUGAUGAAGUCUGAGUUGGGAGUGGAAGACAUAGUGAAGGAACGAAGCCUAAAAGCAUUCAAAGAAAUCUGUAAAGCGUAUAAGCCACCGAAGAAGUCAUGACGUCACCUAAUAACGUUUUUGUCAGUAGAGGAACACGGUUUCGUUCAUGUUCGAAAUUAUGAUUUUGUUUACUACAGAGACUAACACUUCUGUAGCUUGGCUGUACACCAAUAAAUGUUACAACAGUAG